AAUUUUGUGCAUCCAGCUCUCGCCUCUGUCGCUCUCUUCGCCAUGCUCAGCUUCUCCACCGGUGUCUCGACGACCUUCGCUGGCGCUUCGCUCCGCACCGCGCCUCUCUCGCGCACCCUUCCUGCAAAGAUGGAGCUCUCGUGGACCGAGUACGAUGGGGCCAAGUGGGAUCCGCUCAAGCUCGCAAAGACGCCCGAGAAGUUUGAGAAGCUGAGGUACGUGGAGCUCAAGCACGGCCGCAUCGCGAUGCUCGCCUUCCUCGGCCACGCUGCCGCCGCCGGCGCCCACCUCCCGGGCAAGCUCGCCGGCGACCUCGCAUUCGCCGACAUGCCCAAGACGGGCUUCGCGGCGCUGGCGGCGACGCCGCCGCUCGGGCUGCUGCAGAUGUUCCUCUUCGUGGGCUUCCUGGAGCUCAAGGUGUGCAAGGACGUGACCGGCACGGGCGAGUUUCCGGGCGACUUCCGCAACGGCGUGGACAACGGCGCCUGGGACUCCUUCACCCCGCAGCAGAAGCUCGAGAAGCGGUCGAAGGAGUUGAACAACGGCCGUGCCGCUAUGAUGGGCAUCCUCGGGCUCAUGGUGCACGAGAACUUGGCCGGCCCCGCGUAUGUGGCCAACGAGUACUUUGGCCUGCCCGCCCCCUUCUGAAGGCCGGAGCCCCGUCCCGCUCGGGGGGGGGGGGGGCAGAGGCCGGACUCUGUGAGCUUCCGGACGAUGGACGCCUUCUUCAGUCUUUUACCCUGUGCCCGGCGCCUGUGGGGUUAGAAGAUUGCUGACGGCGCGCCCCCCCCUUUUUCCCUCGCUCUGCGCGUCACCGAUCACCGUAACGAGGUGCCGGUGCACGGUGCUGUGUGUUGUGACUUGUGUGGUCCUGACAAUCCACGACCUACACGUGAAUCUACAAGUC